CGUUCUCGUUGGUGCCGCGCAGGCGCAGCGCGGGGCGGGUCCGCCAUGGCGGAGACGCCGCGGCCCAAGAGGAAGCGGGAGGAGGAGGAGAAGGAGGCCGCGUCCCACGAUGGAGCCGUCGCCACGGCUGCUGCUCCCCCGUUCCCGCUGGCGGAGCUGCGCGUGCGGCGUGUGCUGCGGGAGUCGGCGCGGGACAAGGCCGUGUUCCUGCACGGGGAGGUGACUGGCCCCUCUGGAGAGGUAAUGAAUGCCGUAGUCCUCCUGGAAAAGACUCCUUUCCAGGAGGAGAAGAUAUCAGAGCUGCUGAAGAAGCACAUGAAACUGGAGCUGCAAAUGCGCAAUGACAUUUACAGCACGUACCACCUCUAUCCUCCCCCGGAGCUGAGUGAGCUGAAAGCCACCGUGGUGUACCCUGCCACUGAGAAACACCUCCAGAAAUACCUCCGUCAGGAAGUGCACCUCGUCCGUGAAACCUGGGAGGAUUACAGGAACAUAACGCUGCCCUUCAUCCAGUCCCAGAGUUUCAGCAUCCAGUGGGUGUACAAUAUCCUGGAGAAGAAGGCUGAGGCUGAUCGCAUCAUCCAUGAAAACCCAGAUCCCUGCAAUGGCUUUGUGUUGGUUCCUGAUUUUAAGUGGAAUCAAAACCAGCUGGAUGACCUCUACCUGAUCGCCCUCGUCCACAGACGGGAUAUCAAGUCACUGCGUGACCUCACCGCCGAGCACCUCCCGCUGCUGAGGAACGUCUUGCAAGAAGGCAAAGAAGCUGUAGUGAAGCGCUUUGGUGUGCCCGGAUCCCAGCUGCGGAUCUACCUGCAUUACCAACCCUCCUACUACCACCUGCACGUGCAUUUCACCGCCCUGAGCUACGACGCGCCGGGCAGCUCUGUCGAGAGAGCCCAUCUCCUGGCAGAUGUGAUCGACAACCUGGCGAUGGACGCCGCGUAUUACCAGAAACGGGCUUUGACCUUCCCCCUGCGGGCUGACGAGCCCCUGCUAAAGAGAUUCCAGGAGGCAGGGACACUGUGAGCUGGCAGAGAUGCUUUUGUAUCUUUGUAUUUUUAAUAAAUGCCCAUUUCGAGGUGUUUUUUU